CUUUGGUUAAAAAGGAUCUAGCACAUAGGAGGGAGAGCACAGCGGAUAAGAGACUUGCUGUAUACUGCAGUUACUCCAGAACCCACUGAGAAUGAACAAGAUUGCAAUUACGCUUUUAGCCCUUCUGACUUUUCAUUUGGGUCAUGCUAUGAAUUGCUACACGUGUGGAUAUGGUACCUGUCUUACUCCCUCCACAACAUCCUGUGGAUUAUUGGAAGUAUGCCUGACACAGACAAUAACUGUAGCAUCAUUGCCAGUAAAGAAGAAGUCUUGUUCAUCUCCCUCAAAAUGUGUGGGGUCAACUCAAACCACAUAUCUCGGCAUAACCGUGACAGAAACUCCGUCCUGCUGUUUUACUGACCUCUGCAAUUCAGCUGCCAUGCCCUCCGUGUCUAUUGUAACCGGCAUUGCCGUCCUGCUUUCAUUGUGGGUGGCCAGGCUCUUCUGAGCCCACACGAGAUUUAAACGUUUAUCUCUAAUUAAAGCAUAUCUGUCACACCCCUCCAGUGGAGGAAGCCAUUUUUUGUACUUGACCACAUGUCAGGAAAUUACGUGGCCUUAUCAAUGUCUUAGGAACUUUGUGCCUCUUGGUUCCGGGAUGUUCCUGGGUCUUCAGGAACUGAUAGGAUGAAUCUUAGUUCAGUCUACAAAAUGGCUGACUGCGCUGUAAGUGAUAGGCGUAAUUGCAGAAGGUCAUUGUCCUAAGAAUCCCUGGUCAUUCACUUGCAGUUACUUAAAAUAAAUAUGUAUACAAAUUA